UCAGGCACACUGUCACUCAUUCAGUCCGAGAUUUCCGAGGGACGACCGACGACGCCGCUGCGAGGGACGAACGUAUGCACCAUGGACGUUCUUAUGCCUUCCAUGCUGGAUGAUCCACACAUAAUGGCUGAGCCAGCCGUCCAGAUCUUUGAGCAACCCAAGCAGAGAGGGAUGCGCUUCAGGUACAAGUGCGAGGGGCGCUCCGCCGGGAGCAUCCCCGGCGAGAAGAGCUCGGACAACAACAGGACGUACCCGAGUCUGCAGAUCCUGAACUACUGCGGUAAGGGGAAAGUGCGCGUCUACUUGGUGACAAAGAACGAGCCGUACAAGCCGCAUCCGCACGACCUGGUGGGGAAGGACUGCAGGGAUGGCUACUACGAGGCGGAGUUUGGUCCAGACCGCAGAGUGAUCGCUUUCCAGAAUCUGGGUAUCCAGUGCGUGCGAAGGAGGGAAGUGAAAGAAGCAAUUCUGCAGAGGAUAACAAGAAGGAUCAACCCUUUCAAUGUGCCUCAGGAGCAGCUGCUGCAGACGGAGGAGUAUGACCUGAACGUGGUGCGCCUGUGCAUCCAGGUGUUCCUCCAGGACAAGGCCGGCCACUACACGCGGGCGCUCAAACCCAUCGUCACGAACCCCAUCUACGACAACAGGGCCCCAAACACAGCAGAACUGAGGAUUUGUCGAGUCAACAAGAACAGUGGGAGUGUUAAAGGAGGGGAUGAGAUCUUCUUGCUGUGCGACAAAGUACAAAAAGAUGACAUUGAGGUGCGUUUCUUCUCUUCCGACGGCUGGGAGGCCAAAGGCUCCUUUUCGCAGGCCGACGUCCACCGGCAGGUGGCCAUCGUGUUCAAGACCCCGCCGUACUACAACACCGCCAUCGCCGAGUCGGUCACCGUGCAGAUGCAGCUGCGUCGGCCCUCUGACCAGGAGGUCAGCGAACCCAUGGAUUUCCGAUACCUGCCUGACGACAAAGAUCCCUACGGCUACAAUGAGAAAAGACGCAAACGAGAGCGAGAGUAUUUGAUGAAGAUCGCAGGACUGACAAACGGCCCAUUUGCUGGUUUAGCAAUGAACAGGCCAAAGGCGGUGGCCCACAGUAGUAUGACUCAUAUGCGGAAAGACACAGGAAACUUGUUCAUGAAGCAGAGCGCCGCUACCGUGCAGCAGCAGUCCACCGGGUUCAACCCGCUCUGCCAGCCGGGCCCUCAGACCGUCAUGAUGACAUCACAGACUCCCAACUUACAAAUGGCUCAUCCGUGGGGGAACGCGCCGUCCGUGGACACAGUCACCGUAAACUCACCCGGACCCAUGGGCAACCGUCCCAACGGCGGCAGGCAGCAGCAGCAGCAGCAGUCCAGCCGAGUGGGCUUCCCCCACAGGCUGGAGCCGGGCGGCUGCGAGGGCAGCGCCCUCCCGCAGCUCUCCAUGGGGGAUCUGCAGUGCCUGGACGCCGUCUCCCAGCCCCAGCCCGAGCCCCACGCGCUCUUCCACCAGCAGCACCACCGACAGGACGCGGCCCAGGAGAACCCGAGCCACGGCCAAAUGGGCGCCCAGAGCCAGGGUCUCCAGACUAUGUGGUCCGGCUUCAACCCCCUCGGCACGGUCCAGAACAGCUUUAGCGAAUCCGUGCCCGGAGGCGGAGGGGGGCCGCCAGAGAUGGGGUCGUUCCCUUUCCUCGAGGGGAUAGAAACUGACGAUUAUCUGAAGGGCCUGGGCGGAGGGAUGUCUCACUCCGGCUUCCAUCUGAAACAGGAGCCACAGAGUACGGUCGGCCAGGACGCCAGCACUUCCCUAAUGCAGCCCCACAGAGAGAGCCAAGGAAACACCUACAUCAACCUGCUCCCUCGGCCAAUCAACAACGGCACCAGCUUCGACCUGAGGAGGCAAGACGGCAGAGGCUUUCAGCAGCCGCUGACAAAUAUGCAGAAUUCUUUCGCAAACAGCAGCGCUCAGUUAGACGGCCACUAUUCCGACUUGAUCGACUGGGUGAAAGCCUCUAAGGGCAACUAAAAGGGCCGUCAUUGGUACCGAGACAUAAACAGAGGUUGCUCCACGGAGCCUGUUUAGCCUUGCAAAGCCAGAAUUUCUGCCUCUCCAUCAAGGCUUGGCGGGGAUUUGCUUGGGUUGUUACAGGAGUGGUCACAUGACCAAAAGUGAUUGGCAGCAAGUGGGGCCUAUAGGCAAACUGGAUGUCAGCACACCGACUCAUCACUUCCUGUUAUGCCCAACAAGGCACAUGCCCGUUUUUUCUUUGGUCAUUGCUCCAACUUUUCAUCAGGAAAAACGUUAUAUUUUUCCCAAUUAUUGUCACGUGAAAUAUAAUUUACGGUAAAGAGAAUUAUCCAUUCCAGAGACUUGUCUCGUUUCUUGUUUGUACGAGGAAUGGGAUGUUUCAUGAUUGAUUAAUUGUUGCAGUAUUUUAAAGUGCUGUAAUCCACCAGCUGGGUCGGCUCCCGGCCGCUGAUGCCGAUGCGACUGGUUUAUUUGUGCCACGGGCGUCACGUAGGCUCCACGGGUUUCAGCGUGGAACGUCUAACCGGACGAACCGCGCUUUAGGUUCGUCACGGAUCAAACUGCAAGCCAACGGCUUCCAAGGAAGUCUUUGCGGAAUCGAAUGUACCUUUUCUUUGUUUCUCCAACAACGCUGGAUUCACUGUCGUAUAAUAUGUUAGAAAUGGUGGCUCAUGCUGGGGGUUUGAUCUUCAGUAAGCAGGGGGUUUAAAGGUUUGUUUUUAAUGUAUAGCAGAAGCACUUGUCGAACGUCACCGUUUUCCUUUUCGUUUCUUUGGAUGUUCUUCGAACAAGUCAACUCACGUUGCUGUUUUUGUCGUUGUUUUUCUAACCUAAGCGUUUGUUGCGUGUACUCUGUACAUACAUGUUAGCCACAGAUGAGAGUAAAAGCAACGCCAUGCUGAAACACUCAAGAACUGGCAAGGUACAGAAAUUUCCAUUGAGGAAGUGAGGGGGAAGCACAAAUGUGCCUUCCCUUUGUAAUGACUAUGUCAUACUAGUUGUCCGUGUGUUAUUAGAUGUUCUCAUAGCAAUUUUAACAAAGGGUUUACGGAUUCAGAUGUCGGUUGGGACAAACUCUGGCUUUCGUCAGGCAGCUUUUGUCGCCCUGAGUUUAACCAUCUGUUUUUCUACUUGUUGCUUUACAGAGACUUUUUGGGGGAUAAAUUAAUGCUUAAGUUUUGAUGACCAUUUUGUAAGACAUGCCAAUUGUUUUUUCUACGUGAUAAUCACUUAAUAAAAAAAAGAAAUAUCAUGACUUCUGCAUUAUAUUUGAAUGAGCAGAGCUACCUAUCAAGGUUUUGCAGUGAAAACAACCAAUUUGUCCACAUAAAAGGUAUAAGUAGUAUUUUGUCCAUUCAUAUAUUGACCAUUUAUGAAACGUGCAUCACAAAUGUGGAAUAAUGUUCAAGAGGCUCUAUAUUUUCCCUUAAACUCCAAAAAAACCCUGUAAAGAUUAUUUAAAAUGUUGCUACUGUGAUGUCUGAAAACUUGACAUUAAGCAAAAUUUAGAUGCAGAAUAAGGAAUAUUUUCAUAAAUGUACUUUCUUUAAGUUUAAAGGCUGUUAUUUACUCUAUCUUUCCAGACCAACAGCACUGUGUUUAGAGACUGAAAUCAUCCAGAAUCUGCUAGCAACACAUUUCAAAUAAACAGCUG